AUGGACUGUGUGAACGUGUUUGUCAGGAAGAUAGCUGUGGCUGCAGCCUCCAGGCCUGCAGUAGAGAACACCCAGCAGGGCGAGAGCCUCUCCAUUCAGACCUUCACCAGUGUACGCACCACCCAUGUCUCCUUCGCCGUGGGACAGUCCUUCAAUGAGACCACAGUGGAUGGACGCCUCUGCACAAGUACCCCUCGCUGGGAGACAGAUAGCAAGAUCAGCUGUGAGCAGAUUUUGCAGAAAGGGGAGGGCCCUAAGACUGCCUGGACCCGUGAAGUGACCAAUGAUGGCGAACUGGUUUUGCCUACAAACGAUAAUGAGUGCUGGGGACGUCGUGUGCACCAGAGUGUAUCAACGAGAAUGGAAACUUUCAAGACUGUCAAACAUUUCAUUUUGUGCCUCUUUUUUCACAUUUCUUAAUAUCUACCUGUUCCGUUUGCUUAUUUAAUCUUCCAGUCAUUCAGAUUGUGGUUAACAAGACUUCAGUUGUGUGUGUUUUGUCAGACAGAGUUUGACUGUUGUGAAAGCCUUGUGUCAGUUUAUUUUAAUGUAUAAUGUUCUCGUAUUAGCUUGUAAUGGUAUCAUUGUUCCUACACAACCAAAGCUGUAUUUAUUCUCAGUAUACCGCAUGAAAACCCUAUCCGUAUUUUUGUUCAAAAUGUUUUACCAAAGCAACU